AUGGACGUUUCGUCAGCAUACACCCUGGGUCAUCCCGAACCCGCACCAGUCCAAGUGGAUGAGAAACAGCCAGAUUCGAGGGACGACCAAAGCAGCACUGAUAUCCACGACGACAACGCGCCACCGGAACAUAUCCCCAUCGACCCUGGCCCUAUAUAUUGGUCGCAGCAUACCCUCCCCAAGAGACCAUGGCGAACGCGAGUGACGGAUUUCGCCAAGAUUGCUGAAGCCCAUUACCGUGGCAGCGGCACUCCCAGUGACCCUUUCAUCGUACAAUGGCUGGACGACGAUCCGGAGAAUCCCAAGAGUUAUCACAUGUGGCUCAAGAUACCCAUCACGGCUCUCGUGGCUUUCAUGACUCUUUGCGUCUCGUUGGCUUCGUCCGCAUAUACCGGUGCCUUAAAAGAUAUCAUGCGCGAAUUCCACUGCAGCGAAGAGGUGUCGCUGUUGGGCCUCAGCACCAUGGUUCUCGGUUUUGCCUUUGGCGGACUGGUAUUCGCACCGUUGUCAGAAGCCAUGGGCCGUCGUGACGUCCAGCACGUGGCGUUGAUCUUCUACACCAUGUGGACCGCCGUCUGCAUCGCCGCCCAGAAUAUUUGGACCCUGAUCAUCUUUCGCUUCUUCUGUGGGGUCCUGGGGUCGGCGGUCUUCGUCAUUCCGGGCGGUCAAGUCGCAGAUUUGUUCGAAUCCGAGCAACGAGGGGUCGCCAUCUCGAUAUAUGCUGCAGCGCCAUUUUUGGGGCCGACAUUAGGUCCUCUGGUCGGAGGAUUCCUAGCUGAGGGCCGCAGAAUGGCGGUGGGUCAUGGGUCUGCUGGCAUUACGUAUGCGCCCGUCCUCCUGCGAAGGAGGGCACAGCUGUUGUCUACCGUCACGGGCAAAUCUUACAUGACUCAGAUCGACAUGGAGCAUCCGCUCGUGUUGAGUGAGGUUGUCAGACGCUCUCUGGUUCGUCCUUGGGCUCUAUUGUUUCGAGAGCCGGUGGUUUUUCUUUUUACGAUAUACAUGGGCGUCGUAUACGGUACGCUUUAUCUCUGCUUUGCCGCAUUUCCCAUCGUGUUCCAACAAGGCUAUGGCUGGAAUGCGGGGCAAGGCGGCCUUGCUUUUCUCGGUAUCAUGGUCGGCAUGCUCAUCGGCGUCGCUAUUAUCGUCUUUGAUAACAAGCGCUAUGCCCGCCUUCACCGGGAGGCGGGGGGAUCCGCUCCGCCCGAAACUCGUCUCCCGCCCGUCAUUCUCGGAGGAGCCUUUACCAUUAUUGGACUGGCGUGGUUCGCGGCAACGAAUGAUCCCGGCGUCCACUUCAUCGUACCGAUUCUUGCCGGGGUCCCCUUCGGUGCUGGGUUUCUUCUCGUCUUCAUGUCGAGUACGAAUUACUUAAUCGACUCGUACGUCAUCUUCGCCGCCUCCGUCCUCGCCGCCAACUCCAUUCUGCGCUCGACGUUCGGCGCGGUCUUCCCUCUUUUCACCAUCUACAUGUACCGCGACCUGGGCGUGCAUUGGGCGUCUGCAGUGCCGGGCUUCAUUGCCCUCGCGUGUUUCCCGUUCCCGAUCAUCUUUUACCAAUAUGGCCACAUCGUCCGGCGCCAGUGCCAGUAUUCGGCGCAAGCCGCGAGAUAUUUGGACAGUUUGCAGAGUAAUUUGGAGAGGAAGCGGUCGAGAGCGUCGGCGGACGCUGAGGCUGCGGGUAAGAAACGAAUGGAGAGUGCUGUAUGA